AGUUAAUUUUUAGUUAAUUUGCAGUUAGUUUUUAUUCGUGCUGUACCAAACAAUGUUAGCAUAUUUGAGAUAACAAUGAAUAAAAGAGAAGUAGAUAUACUUUAAGCAAAUUUGAUUUAGGUGAAAGGAUGGGGGGCUGUGAAUUAAAUCAAAAAGUUUCGUUUGUUUCAAUGAUGAUGUUAACUACCACGUUCUUCGCUGCAGAAAUAGUUGUAGGGUACCUCACUAACUCUAUGGCCUUAGUUGCUGAUUCAUUUCAUAUGUUGUCAGAUGUAGUAUCUCUUUUAGUUGGUUAUGUGGCUUUGCGCUAUUCUAAACGUGGUCAAACAACAAGUCGAUAUACAUUUGGUUGGAUUCGAGCUGAAGUUCUGGGAGCAUUAGUUAAUGCUGUGUUUCUUGUAGCACUUUGUUUUUCUAUUUUCGUCGAGUCACUUAAAAGAAUUGUUAUCUCUGAGCCUAUCGAGAACCCAAAACUUGUUCUUCUUGUUGGAGGUCUUGGUUUGGCUGUUAAUUUAGUUGGACUUAUGCUUUUUCAUCAACACGGGCAUGGACAUUCACACGGCGGACACGAGCACUCACAUGAGCAUAAACGUAUAAAAAAAAGUAAUCAUGGACAUUUGCAUGAAUCUUCAGAAAGAAAACUAUCAAAUAACAAAUUAAACCAAAAAAAAACUGACGCACCUUUAAUGAUUGACUGUAAAAAUGUAGUUAGCAAUGAUGCUAAAAUAACACCUGAAAAAAAACUAAAUGGGGCAUCACAAUUAAACAUGCGUGGUGUUUACUUGCACGUACUUGGAGACGCACUAGGAUCGGUAAUUGUCAUGGUCAGUGCAUUGAUCAUCAUUUACGUAAAUGGAAAAUGGACAAACUAUGUUGAUCCAGGGAUGAGUAUUAUUAUGGUGAUAAUUAUUUUAAAGACUUCCAUUCCCUUAUUGAAGGAAUCUUCCUUGAUUCUUAUGCAGACAGUUCCAACACACAUAAAAAUUCAAGAAAUACAGGAACGUAUUGUAGAGCAGGUGCCUCAAGUACUUAGUGUAGAUGAAUUUCACAUUUGGCAGCUCGCGGGGAACAAAAUUAUUGCUUCUGCUCAUGUUCAAUGUAGCAACCUUAAUGAUUAUAUGGCAAUUGCUAACCAAUUAAAAGAGUUUUUUCACAAUGAAGGUAUUCAUUCUACUACUAUACAACCAGAGUUUCUUCAAGGACCAAAAUCUGAUACUCCGUCCAUUCUUGAAUGUAACGAGGACUGUGAAAAUCAUAAUUCUCGUGCUGAUAGUAAAAAUCAAAUAAAAGAUUAAGUCACCUAAUACUAUAUUAAAUUAUUUAAAUCAAGUUUUUGUUUUUUAAAAAUUUUUAUAAAUAUUUUUAUCAAUGCUAUUUCUGUUAAAAUUGUUUGGAUAAAUAUUUUAGUAUUUUU